AGGCUCCUGCGCCAUGAAGGUGAAGAUCAAGUGCUGGAACGGCGUGGCCACUUGGCUCUGGGUAGCCAACGACGAGAACUGCGGCAUCUGCCGGAUGGCCUUCAACGGCUGCUGCCCGGACUCACUGCUGCCCCUGCUCCCACUUAGGCUUGACUCAGGUUGGACUAAGAUAUAAGGAGCCCGUGCUGCUGUUGCGCGCCCCGCUGCUCGCCGCCACCGAGUCCCCAUGGCCCGGCCUAUGACGCUGGUGGUCGCUGCCCUGGCGCUGUGCCUAAUGCUGACGCCUGCGGGCCUUGCGUGGUACAAACAGGCAGCGGGGCUGGGCUACUAUUCGGUGGGCCGUGCCGCUGGGCUGCUGUCCGGCCUCCGCAGGUCACCGUACGCACGGCGCUCCGAGCCCCCCCUGGGCACGAAACCCCCAGGCCAAGCCUUCACCUUCCGGGAGCUGCGCCCCAGGCUGCGGGGCCUCACCGUGUGCGUCGAGGACGUCACCCCGAACCUGCAGAGCUGCGAACGGCUGCCCGACGGCCGUGCCACCUUCCAGUGCGAGGCAGACGUCUUCUUGUCACUCCGCGCAGCCGACUGUCACAGUGCCUGAGCCCUAACCUGGAAACCUGGAUCUGGCCUGGCUCCCGCGGGCACCCCGGCCCCUGCCCCAGCAGGAGAUGGUACCCAGUACCACCCACCUGUCCCCGCAGUAAACAGCUUAAUGAGUA